GCUUUCUAGGCGGGGCAGGGGACGGGGUGCGUCUCCCGCCGCGGCCGCCGGCCUGAUAGAUGCGGGACUUCGGGUUCGGGGUGCUGCACACCGCCCUGCUCCGCGGUGGCAGCCCCCGGUCCUCGCCCGGCGGCGGCGGCGGCGCCUACCGUCCCUUCGCCGCCGGGCCGCCCGCCACGCCCUUCGGGCCGCUGUCGCCGCCGCCGUUGCCUGUCACCGGCUUCGCGGAGGCCGCCUCCCCCUUCGCCAUCCCCUCGGGCGGCGGCGCGGCCGGCUCGGCCGCAGCUUCCUCUUCCUCCCCGCUCGCGGCGCACCAGCAGGCCGUGCAGGAUGAGCUGCUGCUCGGGCUGACCCAGCCGCCGGCGAGGCCGCUCUCGGGGGCGGCGGCCGCGGAGCAGCUCCCCAGCCACCACCCCGGCGGCGGCACGAACGCGGGUGUGACCCACCUCCUCCCCUCCCAGGACUUCAAACCGAGUCUGCACCACCCCUCCUCCUCCUCCGCCUCCUCCUGCUGCUGCUGCCGCACCUCCUCCCCGCAGGACUUCAGUAAGCGGCAGCAGCAGCAGCUGAGCAGCCAGAAGAGGAAAGAGUCGAGCCCGCCACACCGUCCCCACCCUCCGGACGCGAAGCCGCCGCCGCCGCCGCCGCUCCACUGCCCCGGCCGCUUCAGCCCGCCGCCAACGCCGCCGCCAACGCCCGGGCCGCUCCUGCAGUCGGCGCCGCUCGCCCAGCGCCCGCAGCCGUUCAGCCUCCCGCACACGCAGCACCUCCCGCCGCAGGACUUCGCCCCGCGGCAGCGCCCGGCCGACCCGCCCCCGCUCCCGCAGCUCCCGCCGUCGCCGCCCGCAGCCCGGCGGCGCCGCCACGGAGGCGCGGGAAGCCCUCGCCAGACCCCGGCCGCGGGCGAGGGCAGCGCCGCCGAGCCCCCCAAUGCGGGCUUGCCCCCCUCGACGCCGCCGGUGAACCCCGCGCCGGGCUCCAUGGAGUCGCCCAACCACCACCCUCUGCUCAACAGCCCCAGCACCCUCCUGCCCGGCGCGGCGCUCGGCACCGGCGCCUUCAGCAGCCUGCAGAGCCCGGACCUGCCGCACCCGGGCGGCGGCGGGGGCGGGGGACCCCCCGGCGGCGGAGGGGGAGGCGGCUCCGCGUCGCCGCCGCCGCUGCCCGGCUUCGGCACCCCCUGGUCGGUGCAGACCGCGUCGCCGCCGCCUCCCCAGCCGCCGCCGGCGCCCCAGCAGCCGCCGCCGCCG